AUGAGCGUGCAGAAUCUCAACACUUUCGACCCCUUUGCGGACGAGGGAGACGUUCUCGGUAGCACUAAAGACGUCGGAUCGCAACAGAACUACAUCCACAUUCGUAUUCAGCAGAGAAAUGGAAGGAAGACUCUGACUACUCUUCAGGGUUUGCCUAAAGAAUAUGAUGCGAAGAAGCUUCUAAAGGCUUUCAAGAAGGAGUUCGCAUGCAAUGGCACUCUCGUCGAGGACGAAGAGAUGGGUCAAGUCAUCCAACUUCAGGGCGACCAACGGCUCAAGAUCUCCAAUUUCCUCACUGAGGAAGGGAUACCCAAGGCUACCAUCAAAGUGCACGGGUUCUAA